GGAAGCAAGAUGUGGCUUUUCGGUGCCUUGACGGCCACGUGCACGACUUCUAUCACGUCACGCCACAAUCGAAGUGCGUCACCACUUCGGAUGGGAGCCUGGCCGUGGACUUUGUUGUCACGUACGAGCACCUGGAGGACGACUUCAAGGAACUGAUCAGCAUCCUCAACGGCAGGAGGGAACCCUCGGUGCCCGUCAUCGAACACACGCUCGGAUGGCACCAGAAGGGGCCCCUGGUGAGAGAAAGCAGGCGCGAGGCUGAUGCCGAAUCGGGACAGCCGGAUUCAAGGCACUCCAGUCCACACGUCCAAAAAUACUUCGCCUGCGGGAGCGACUGCAUACGCUCUGUGGCAAGGUACUACGGCGACGACUUUGACGCUUUUGGCUACCCAAAGUGCGGGAGCAGACCAUGA